UAAUUGUAACAUAAAUCACCAUUUAUGCACUAGUGUGCGCCUUCGGCUCUGCAACCAUCCAGCAAUACGACACUAGUGAUGCCAUGCAGCGAUUGAGUGGUGCAUGACGGGACACGUUAGGACACCAACAGGUGUUUGUGGUUUUGGGUUCGCGUGCUUGUGUUUGUGCAUGCGUGUGUGGAGGAAGCAGAAUUUCUCGCGAUGCAGUCUCCUGCGCUGGACCCCGGCCAGAUGGAGCUGGUUGCUGUUACGUACGUGAGCGAUGGCCUGACCUUCUGGGCACAGGAUGCUGAUGAUGAGGAGGUGGCAGAGAGGAUUGGAGAGCAGCUGGAGACCAUCUGCCAAACUGCCGCAGCCGCGCACACACUCUCUGCUGACAAAGUGUACGCUGCAAGGUAUGCUGAGGACCAGUGCUGGUAUCGAUGCAGAGUUAUGCACGAGAUGGAAAAGACUGUGUGCGUUCUCUUCGUUGACUAUGGUAACAGCGAGGAGGUGGAGCGCCCUCUGAUGGAGAUUCCAGAUUCACUUCAACAGCCGUCGCUCGCCAAGAGAUACCAGCUGUGGGGCAUCACACACACACAGUCGCAACAGGGUAAGGACCUCCUGAUUGACAUGAUCUGUGGUCAGCACGUGAGUGUGUGUAAGCGCUCGGUGUGUUUUGACGGAACGUUACUGGUGACGGCUCUACGGGGACAAGAGGAUGUAGGGGCGGAGCUAACCACCCUGCUGGCCAAUCAAGCACCCCCCUCUACCCUAUCGACCAAUAAAGCGGCCUCCUCAAUCCUAUCGACCAAUAAAGCGGCCUCCUCAAUCCUAUCGACCAAUCAAGCGGCCUCCUCAAUCCUAUCGGCCAAUCAAUGCCCCCCUCUACUUCACUGA